AUGUGCUGCUUCGUAGUCGGAGAAAAUGUUCCGCUCAGUGGCACCGGAACGCGUAAUGGCCAAGAGGAAACGGUAGAUGAAGACGAGCUGAUGAAAACUGUGGAGGACAUCUAUGACACUAUCCCAACCUACUAUCGACGACAUUCCAUCGCAUCUCAUGCACUUUUCCUUGUGCUAGCAAUUUGUCCGCACCACCACACGCUUGUCAGCACUCUUCUGGAUAUCUGCUUGUCUUUUGGUCUAGUUCACGAAUCCCGUCGUUUGCUCAGCAUAAUCCUUAAAAUUGCUUUCCUGUCCACCACCUCUCCUCCUCCAAUCACACACCCAGGGCAUGUCUCCUACCUUGCCGAUCUUCUCGCUCGAUGGGUAUCCGGGAACAGCGACACAAUGACAUCUAAUGCCAUCCCACUUUUCUCAGUCUCGACCUUCUCGCGAGCGGUUAUAGAUAAUCUAGCUCAAUCAAAUAUCUCUUUAUGGACAUGCAAAGCGGUCGCCAAGUUCUCUCGCAGUGUCGAGGUGACCGACAUCGACUCUUUCGUUACGCUUCUGGAUUCUCUGGCUGAAACCAUACAUGAUCAUCACCCGGUGCGGUCUGGAAAAGGGAAGGAGAAGGAAACCCUAGAUAUUGUGGCUAUUCGCCACCGUCUGCAUGAUUGGAUGAACAGGCUGUUUGCAGUCACUGCUAGUACCUCUGCAGCACUUGUAGAUGAAUACCGCCGCCCCGAUAUUGACUCUAUCAUUAUGUUACUCAACCGAUGUCGAAGCUACGGAAUGCAUACCCUGAGACUGAGUGCUUCACCUCAAGCUUCUCAAGACGAACUUCCUGACGCAAUUACGAUACUCGCCACGCACCUUCAUAUUACAUGUUCGCUGGCGGAUUAUGAUUCAUGUCUCUUGGAUCUGCUUCGUGAGGUUUCACCUAUUCCCACAACGUUCACUCGCCUCGUUGAGGAUAUGUAUCGAGGUUCCACACACGAUUUUAUGACAUCGCUACAACAAUCCUCGUCGACUUUGCAAACACGCAAGCUAUUACAGCUGGACGCCUCCCUAUGGGCCUGCGCCCUUCGUGUCUUCGAGAGCACCCCGAAAGGCACCUCACAGGAGAUUCAGAGAUUCAAGCUUCUCUUGAUCGAUGGUGUGGACGAGGCCGAGCGCCGGUUAUUUGGAGCUGGUCCACCCGAUAGCAGCCCAGCCGUUCGGCUACCAGGACAGAACAAGAGAUCCCGCAGCACGCACCAUCGUAGACCGAGCGGAGAAUGGGAGUGGGAGGAAAUGGUUGGCUGCUGGAUCCGCAAGACGCCUGCUCAUGUGAAGAAAAAGGGGAAGAUUGCACACGUUGUUUUGCACGAGAGCCCGGUUUUCAUUAAACGUUUGUUGCGCAGGGGCGCUCAUCGAUAUGUGACCCAGGGCUCCUCUCGUGUCACUGUUCCACACAGAUCCGCAAGGUCUGCAAUGGGGCCUACUGUAUCCAGGGCUUGCAACUAUCUUUCUUCGCCGUCCUCGCGAGGAAGCGAAAACUUUGCGGAAGACUCAAACAAUCAUUCUUGGUGGGAUGGAGAGAACGAGAAAGAAAAUCUAAUGCCAAGUUCGCCCAUAGCGGAACGUCGACCAGUACACAGACCGCGCCACUCCAACUUCUCUUCAAUUCUGAUGGACGCCCAGAAGAACAGGGUUAAUCUACAUGAUCCUAAACCUCCUACAACCAGCAUCUUGUCCGGUUUCAAACAAUCACGGCCUUCGUUAUCUCGGAAACUAUCUGUCUACCCGCCUGCGGCUAUGUUGCCUUCUGAUGACUCUAUGGACUUGUUCGCGUACGCAACUUCUCCGCCUAGGACAUAG